ACCACACCCCCAAGACCUUCAGCCAUGGCUGCAUUCGCUCUCUACCUCCUGUGGGCCUUGGCAUCAGCCAUCCGACCUGCCCCAGCGGCCCCUCUAGGUGGCCCGGAGCCAGCACAAUAUGAAGAGUUAACCCUGCUCUUCCAUGGUGCUCUGCAGCUGGGCCAGGCCCUCAACAGCGUGUAUAGGGCCACUGAGGCGCAGCUGACGGAGGCUGGGCACAGCCUGGGUCUCUUUGAUAGAGCGCUGGGACUCCUGGGCACAAAAGUCAGCCAGGGCCGGGAUGCAACACGGGAACUUCGAAUCAGUUUGUCAGAGAUGCAGAUGGAAGAGGACGCUUUACACAUAAGCACAGAGGCCACAGCCCGACAGCUUGGGGAGGUGGCCUGGGCCCAGAAGGUUCUACAGGACACACUGCGGAGACUAGAAGUCCAACUAAGAGGUGCCUGGCUGGGCCAGGCAGACCAAGAAUUUGAGACUUUAAAGACACGAGCUGACAAGCAGAGUCACCUCCUGUGGGCUCUCACUGGUCAUGUGCAACGGCAGAGGAAGAAGAUGGCAGAGCAACAACAGUGGCUGCGACAGAUCCAGGAGAGACUCCACACAGCAGCUCUCCCGGCCUGAGACUGCCUAUAUGCCACCGAGGACCAGUGAUGCUGCAAGGGACACUAAACAUGCUCACAUGGCCCUGCAUAGGGCAGAGCUGUCUGGGUUGGCCAGGACACAGAGCUUCCUGCCACAGAGCAGAGACAGAAAGAAAGACAGGAAGGAUGCAAGGAAGAAACAGAGCCCCAUGGAGGAGGGCUGGGGAGAGGACAUGAGUCCCUUUGAGUUCCCCAUACCCCACAAUAAAACACAACAGAAGCAACUGA